AUGAAAGAAGAAGAAGUGGAAAAAUGCACGCGCGGCUACGUGGCCAAGGCGGAGAAGAGACACGUAGCUGAAGAGAACAGCCCAGCUACGCUCUGCGACUACGACGGGCAGAAGGAGCUGGAAGCCAGACGGGACGGGUGGAUCACGGCAACCCAGUGGAAGCUGUUCUUGGUGAGCUGCCGCGGCUACGACCUGCGAGCUGAACGGGCGCCCGAUCGGAGACAUCAGCUACAGGCUGACGGCGCCAUCUCCGGGACUCCCUGUAGCUACGAUCCACAGGCCAGCGGAGUUCACCGGGCGAUCCAGGCACCUCGGUCAACCCACCGUACUGACCCCCUGACCAGGUCAACCUGGGUCCGAACUUCGGACACAGAGACGUCGAGUACGACGCAGCAGCGGGGCCAACGACGUGUCGUCGGAAGCAGCGACGACGAGAUGACGUCGGUGGACUCAAUCUCGUCCAAUCCAGGACUCGUCCUCGAUCUUGAGAUCGGAAGCGAUGACCAUGACGUUCUCGGCGAAGUCAAGUCUCGCACGUCUUCAGGGAAACCCGCAGCGCCGCGUCCACAUUCACUAACUGCAGCAUGUGCGGCGCCCCCGCUUGACGCACCAUCAGAGGCCGUCCCCACGUCGCAGCUCAAGGACCACAACAGCACCGGCGGUGCUUUGCCCUCGCUCCAGCGCCAGGCGAUGGAAGCUGGCAGCGAUCGUCGUGGAUAUUCGGACCUGAGAGAUAACUUGAAUCUCCUCGGGAACCGCCGACGACGGAAGCCGCAGCGCCGGCGAUCGUGCACCCACAGAGAUCUCCGCACCAAGCUGAGCUACAACAGAGCUCGCGGGGAGCACGACUCGGACGAAGAGCGGCGAGCACCAACGGCCUCGUCGGGAAGAAGGCGAGCAGCGUUCACGAGCUGGGACAGCGAGGCCGGACACGCGGGUCGCAUAAAUGCGCGUCAAGGAUUGGCCCGUCGGCGGAAGGCCUACGUAGACCUGGACCGCCCUGCAGAGGAAGACGUGAGUGACGUCGAGGGUGCAUCUUCAUGGACUUACCGCUUCUGAUUAUCGGCGAGCUUUAGAAGACGACAGGCGGUCGUCCGAAUGCUCAACGGCCAUCGCCUACGCCCCAUAGCGAUGAGGACGGCCCGUUUUGGCUCACUAUGUGCGCCUUUGUAACUGAAAUGCGGCAGCGAACGAGGUGGUUACAAAUGCCACGAAAUGAAUAAAUAUCCGUCCACUCGAAAGGAGCGCGAAAUGACAAAGGAAG